UUUAAACCCAUAGCUCUCAGAGAUUUUACACGCAUCAAUCGAAACUUUGCUUUUUCUCUUUUACUGUUGCAUUGAUCUCUAUUGCAGGACAAAAAGGAAAGAAGAGCAUAGCUGUUCGAACUCAAGACCUGUCGGUGCCAUUUCUAAGCUUUUUUUUGAAAAUCUAGGGCUGUAAAAAUGAGUUCUUCAGGUGCAAAGGGCGGCCGUGGAAAAGCCAAGUCGACGAAAUCCGUUUCGAGGUCUCAGAAGGCAGGGCUUCAGUUUCCUGUUGGAAGAAUCGCAAGGUUUCUUAAGGCAGGGAAAUAUGCAGAACGUGUGGGGGCGGGCGCACCUGUUUAUCUUGCUGCUGUUCUUGAGUAUCUCGCAGCCGAGGUCCUGGAGCUUGCUGGAAAUGCUGCCCGAGACAAUAAAAAGAAUCGUAUUGUACCCAGGCAUAUUCAGCUAGCAGUGAGGAAUGAUGAAGAGUUGAGUAAACUGCUUGGUACUGUAACAAUUGCAAAUGGAGGAGUUUUGCCCAACAUCCACCAAGUUCUCUUGCCUAAGAAGGCUGGAAAGGAUAAGGGAGAUGUUGGAUCUUCUUCUCAAGAGUUUUGAUCUGGUGACUUGCAUGAUGUUGAAAGAUAUUUUAAGAAUCACUUAGUUUGAUCAUGCCAAACUAUGCAUUCUCAUAAAUGAUUCUGUUUUUGGGAUGUAGUGGCCAUAUUUUGUCAAUUUGAAUUUGUUGACUGUCUCAUGGUCAUGGAGACUAUUAUGUCUUGAAAUGUAUUGAGGAUAAAGAGCUUGUCCUAUCUUGAACUUUAUCAAUAUAAUUUAAUUUACUCUU